GGUUUUAGAGUAGCUCUAAAUGAAAUUGUAGGACCUCAUAGUGCCAUUACGGAGAGUCGUCGGUGGAGCUACAACACCUGUGCUGGGCACAAAUUAUUUCUUGAGAAUUUUAAUCUCAUUUUUUGUUUACAGUUUCAAAAUCCGUGGAAAUGUUCAACAGUAUUCACAGGGAUUUUGAAGAAGAUCCGUUCUUCUCGUUAGAGCCUAGUGGAACUGUUACCUAGCAACGGCUGCUGUACGAACAGGGAUUCUUUCCGUAGUCACAGGGACCAUAUGCGGCAGAUGAUGCGUAGCUUUUCUGAACCAUUCGGCGGGCCCUUAAUGCCCAGUAUAACAGAUGGGAGAAGCAACGGUCAAGACAUGGCACAACAUCCUAACUCAUCUCUAGCGCUAAGGGAUGAACGCAGGGACAUGAUGAGGAACCCUUUCGGCAUGUUUGACGACAUGAUGUUCGGCAUGAGAAACAGGAUGGCGGAGAUGCACCAGAACUUUGAGAACCUGUCCACAGAUUCAAACACCCACUCAUUCAGCUCCUCAUCAGUCAUGACAUAUUCAAAGUCUGGAGAUGAGCCUCCCAAGGUCUUCCAGGCGACCUCAUCGACACGCCGUGCCCCGGGAGGAAUCAGGGAGACCCGGCAAGCAGUUAAAGACUCUGAGAGUGGGCUGGAGAAGAUGUCAAUUGGCCACCACAUCCAGGACAGGGGACAUGUUGUUGAGAAGAAAUACAACAAGAAAACAGGAGACAAGGAGUUCAUCCAGGACUUUCAAAAUAUCGAUGAAUCUGAAGCACAGUCUUUUGACAGUGAGUGGCAGCAGAGGGUGUCCACCUUUCAUCAGCCCAGCCCCAUGUCUCGCCUGGAGGACCCCCAACCCCGUGCUGUUCACCGGGCUGCCAUCACCGGCCCUGAAAAGGGCCACAAAGACCAACCAAAGGGCAAGGCCAAGGGUAAAAGCAAGAGAAAGGAAUCAAGCUCGCAAAAACAGUAAAAAACAUGUUUAUGUGCUUAUUAAAGUCUAUCAAGCAUCCAUCAUACAGUACACUCUGGUGCUCUAUACCCACACAAACACACCCUGGUUUCUUCAACUAGACAGAAUCAGAAGGCAGUGAGCCAGAUUUUAAAACAUUUAAGAGACUAUUGUACACUACUCCUGCUCACUUUCCACAGCAAUAUGAAAGACAGCCUGCUGAGAAGUGAACCCUGCUGAAGUUGGCUGCCCUCUUCCAGUGCACCUUUAAUGUGCUUUUUCAUCAGUCAAAGGGCUCUUUCUAACUCCGUGUUAAUAGCUUCAGACUUAUGUUUGGAAAAAAAAGACAUGUUUGGCAAGGCACUAAAACAAAAUCGGGAAUGGCAUCUUUUAAGGUCUCUGCAAGUUCAUUUUCAUGUCACAGUGGUUUUAGCCAAAAAUGAAGGCAGUUGAAGGUUGACAGGUAUCUAACGUGCUAAGCUAUGCUCUGGAGAAUGGUCAACAAGAAAGUGAAAUAUAUGUGAUUUGUAACAUGCUCUUAUAUAAUAAUUGUACAGAGGGUCCUUAUUUAUCACAUCAACCGGUAAAACUGAAAGUGUCAGUGUUUCUGUGGACAUAGUGAUAUAUAAACAGAUUAACAUAAACUCAUACAGUGUGAUACAUUACCAUAUAAGUAAAAUGGCACUAUCAUUAUACAUUAACAGUCAAAGAAAAUAUUAAUAUAACUUUGCAUCAGAUGAAUAGUUAGCUCAAGGUAAGGUGUUUUUUGUUUUUCAUCAUUUUGAUGAUGCAACAAGACACAAAGUAGUGAUUCACUGACAGUUUGAAAUCCACUAAUGCACUUAGACAAUGUCUAAAUUUCAUUUUGUAAUUAUAUUGUCUAGUACCUGUUCUAGAUAUGUGUAUUUUAUCUGCUGUAAUUGUUGUAAAAAGAAAAUACUUCUCCCUUUUUAUAUUGUUACUUUGGUUUCUUGUUUUUUGCCUGAUGAAUUCUGCUCUAUGACGCAAUCUCCUCAUACCUGCAUUAUUCUCAGUAAUUUCAGCUUGUAUAUUUUUUUCAAGCUUAAAAAAAGCUGUCAAUACAGAUUACUGCCUGACAAUAAAUAUUUGAAUACAUAAAGAUGUAUCCGUUUGUUUAUCAGUCCCAUACCUGUUAAUGUUCACUGACAAGGAAGAACAGAAGUUAAAAAGGCGACUUUCUCAGCUUGUACGCUGGUGUAGACCUACAAAAGGUUUAUGAGAACGCGAGCCUGCAUUAUGCUGAACCUCUCACUGGUUUUGUAGUGACCCAGGGUGGUAUUUUUGGAUCUAAGCACUUGUCAGUAGCUGAGAUUGGUCUAAGAUGUUACCCAGCUGCAAGCCCACCAGGGUCACCUCUCACAUUCUUGUUAGACUUCAUUAAUCCUUUAGCUUCAACAUACAAUACGAAGCAACAAAACAGCGUCUCUGACUAAUAUAUAGCUCCACAAGAAACCAAAUGUGAGCUGCAUCUUCAUUCAGUCUAGGGACACAGAGCACGAGGACCAGUGUGAUUAGCGUUAGGUUUUCUCUCUCAUGUUUAUGUAACACAGACGAUGAGACACACUCAGAAUAUUUAGGAUGAUGACAAUCAGCUCAGUGUCAAACACUAUACCCACUAUAUCAUCAUCAUCAUUCUUUAAUAGGAUUGUGAAAGGACAGCUCAGCUACUGCCUAAUGCAUAUGACCACUUUUACUGAAAAGACACUUUAUUCUGUUCUUUGGAAUUUUUGAGCUCUCUUUUCUUCCAGCGUUCCAAUCUUAUACAAGUUUCUUGCAGACAAACCAGAUAAAAUGCUCUCUUGAAACUGUGUGGUAAUUCACCUGCACAAUUGGACAAAUCAGUGAGACAUUCAGCUGCAGAUGGUCUUUUAAAAUCUUGUAUUUUGUCACUACACCUAUGACUAAU